ACAAGUAUCUCCAAAUUGUACUUAAGUACAGUGAGUAAAUGUACUUGGAUACUUUCCACCUCUGUUUUUCAAUGAGUAAGCAUAUAUGAAUGAGUUGCAUUUUGCACAUGUUAUUGAGACUGUUAAAUGAUAAAUAUAACAUAUCACAUUAUUUUAAUACGGUUUUUACUUUUUUUAUACAUUAUUUUCAUUUGUUUUCAUUGAUGCAAAACAACAAAUCAGCGUAAAACCACAUAAAAUACAUACCAAACGUUGCUAAAUUAUGACACAUAUUUAAUAAGAGAAGUCUGUUUUAGCUUUGUGAAACUGCACCUUUCACACAAUGAGAAGGUAUUAGAAACAUGUCCACCAUAAAUCAACAUGUAUAUUUAAAAAUAAUAAUAAUCACCACUUUUGGAGAUGCAUGCUGUUAUUGGUAUUUAUUGAAAUGGGUGACAGUGCUGUUGCCAUGGGCAUUCAUCUAAUUAGACAUAUAUUAUUUCUAACAAUCCUGUUAAGAUACUCUUUUUACAGGAUUGUCUAUGUUUCUUUAUUUUACAUAUGAGGAACUUGUCAGACAGCAUGCAAAGCACUAAAAAACAAAUACUGUAUAUAAAUCAUGCAAAAUGUAUGAGCAGCUGAGCUCGAUACUGAAGGAAGCUAUUAAAAGAUUAGGCCAGCUAAUGUUGUCACUUUUGCCAGUGCAGUAGUCUGAAUCAAAAAGACAUUCAUCAACAACUGAAGUAUAUGAAAUAUAAAUGUUUGUUGGAUAUAUGUUGUGUGAUAUACUUUCAGAAGUUUCUCCAAUUGUAUUUGUAAUUCAGAAUCUAAAAGGAACACCCAUUGCUUUGCCCCAAAUGAGACUUACCCAAAUAUUUCCCACAUGGUGUCCUGUAGUAUUUAGACAUUUGAAUGUGGCUGUUGGUAAUUCUGUUGCUUAUUAACAGUAAAAUGUAUGUACAUAUUGCAUAAUAUCUUGGAACCUCAUGUUUCGUUCAUAUAUCUUUAAACAUUUAAUAUACUUUUGGGGAUAGAUUUGAUUACAAAGCUACAUUCUUCAAAUGCAAUGCGGGAUGCUUUCUCUUUAAGAAAAGCUUAAUAUGGAAGUAAUCAACAAUAAUAAUCUGUCAACCAAUGAUGUAAAUAGAGUGUUGUUCCUUUCACUUAUUCAUUCAUUGUCUAAUUUCACAGACUUGUAUGGAAUGCGACAAUACAUUUGUGGAAAGUUGUUGCUCAAACACUUUUCAGUCGUCAUGUCACCACCAUCUUAGAGACACAUAAAAACAGCUGUAUAAAUAUAACUCUCUCCGGCUCCCAGGCUGGUCCGGGCAUGUGUUAGCUGAUGAAUCCAGAGCAUGUAGGCCGGGCCGCCUCAGCGCUGACACAGUUUGUGAUCCCCUGUGGGGGUAUGACAGAGUCUUAGAUAGAGUUUCCCCUGUGCCUCCAGUGUUAUUAAUACACAUAAAGUGUGCCUCUGUUUUGCAAGAGACAGACACAGUGAAGAGCUGCACUAAAAGAAAAGUGUUUUCACAGCUGUCCGGACUGUCAUCUCCAAAUAAAUCCUUCUCCUUUCUUCAGCUUAUCUCUUGGAUGGCCAUGGACCAGCAAACAUCAACAGAAAAUGGGGAAAACAUGUCAUCCUACGAGGACUCACACACAGGGCUUGGAGGGGAUGAGAUUUACAGCCAUGCUGACUCUGAAACGGAGACGGUCAUGGAGGACUUGGGGCACCUUUUCGACCACUGCAUCCAGCAAGUGUCCCACAUGGAGGUGCAGCGGAACGAGCUGAUACAGGAGCUGCUCCGGCUGCAGGAGCCCAUGCUGCGAGUGGUGGGGCAUUUGAGAGAGAAGCUGGUGGAGACGCAGAGGAUGCUCACCCUGGCUCAGCUGGAUUAUGUGGCUGUUUAUGAGGAGGUGACGGAGGUGAAGAGGAACCUUUUUGUCACAGCCAGAGACUGCAUCCAGAGCCAGGUGACGCUGGCUGAACAACAGUACCAGGUGGCUCAGUCUGCUGUAACACAGGACGAGCUCAAGGCCCACAUCCAGAGUCUGACCCAGGAGUUGUCCCAGCUGCAGGAGGCCCAGCAGAACCAGCUGAACACCCUGAGGGACCAGGCCUCCAGGCCCCGCAGGCCCAGGGCCAUGAGCGACGCCAGCCAGUGCCGGCAGGCUUCUGUCCGGCUGCAGCGGCGGCUCAGCGGCAGCAUGAGGACGCUGGAGAGCUGGUACGAGCCGCGGCUCACAGCCCUGCUCAAGAGAAGGCAGUUUGGGGAGGAAGCCUUGAGAAGGAGCAGGGAGCAGGCUACGGAUCUGAGGGCCAGCCUGGGGCCCCUGAGAGACGACAUACAGAGACUGGAGAUGCAGAGAGCCGGUCUGAUGCAGAGGGUCACUCUGAUGGAGCAGGAUAGGGAGGAGAGUGUCACACAACACAAGGAGACUGUGGAGAAACUACAAGAGACUCUGAGAGAACUACAAAUGGAGGUUGAGGUUCAAAGAAAAUCUAAGAAAAAUGUGGAGGAUCAUAAUGAUGGCCUUUCAAAAGAACUGAUAUUCCUGAGAGGGUGUGAUGAACCCAAUGAAAUUACUGCAAAGGAGGCUCCCUAAAUUCCUUUUUCCAGGAGAUAUUCUUAAAAUGAUUGUGUACACCAUUCCACACU